AUGGUUGAGCCAUUGAAUCAGUUAUUCAGAGUAUUAAAAAGGAAGUCAAAUUCUAAUCGGAAAGCUAGAAUAGAUUCCUUUACCAUUAUAGAUAGUUAGAAUGUAAGCAAUUAUGAAUAUCCGAAAGAUGUUUUGAGUAAAGCUAACUUAUCUGCCAAAACCAAUAAAAUGUAUGAUAACUAAGAUGAUUUGUAAUUAGAAGAAAUCGAAUAGUUUAGAAAAGGAGCAAUAAAUCUAAGGCCACUUCAAGACACCCAAUCUUUCGAUAAAUUGGAAUCCACUAAUUACUUAAAUUCUAUGACAAUGACAUUAGAUUACUCGAAAGAAAAUAUAAACGAUAUUAGCAGAAACUCAAUCAGAGAAGAGCCAAUGUUUGAUAGGAAUGUACCCUUUUUGAAAAGAGAUCUUCAAAUACUAUCAAGAGGACUUAAUAGAAAUAAAAAAUAAAAGGAGGAGAUAUAAAAAUCAUUGUCAAAGUUUAAACUUACACUUAAUAGGAAUUGA